GGGCCCGGGGCGACGGGCGAGCUGGGCUGGCUGGCCUCGGCCAGCCGCGAGGACCUGAUGAAGAUGGUGCGGCCCCCCUACUCGUACUCGGCGCUCAUCGCCAUGGCCAUCCAGAGCGCGCCCGAGCGCAAGCUCACGCUCAGCCACAUCUACCAGUUCGUGGCCGACAGCUUCCCCUUCUACCAGCGCAGCAAGGCCGGCUGGCAGAACUCCAUCCGCCACAACCUGUCGCUCAAUGACUGCUUCAAGAAGGUGCCCCGCGACGAGGACGACCCAGGGAAAGGAAAUUACUGGACCCUGGAUCCGAACUGCGAGAAAAUGUUCGACAAUGGGAACUUCCGCCGGAAGCGAAAGCGCCGCACCGACGCCCCCGCAGCCAGCAGCAGCAGCACCACCACCACCACCACUGCCUCCUCCUCAUCCUCCUCCUCCACCGCCGCAGCUAUAGCAACGUCCAAAUCGGAAGGGCUGUCUUCGGGAUUAGGGGCUGGGAUGGGUGGGAAGCCCGAAAGAGACAGUCCCACCUCGUUGCUGAGGGUCUCGCAGUCCCCCGAGCCGCCGGAGGGCACCAAGAGCACGGCCUCGUCUCCGGGACGGUCCCCGUUCAGCACCACCUCCUGCCUCAAUGCCUUCUACAGCAGCCUCAGCAGCAGCUUAGGUGCCAGCAAUGGGAGCACCCAGCGCCCCCUUCCCGGCAGCCUCCACCUCGGGAUCCAGGGGACCCAGCUGCCGGCCAGCAGCUCUUUCUCCCCCAGCUCUCUCCUGGAGGCCUCGCCAGACACCCUGCCGCUGAGUAGCGGCACCAACAAUGGCAGCAGCCAGAGAUCUCCCUACUAUAACCCUUUCCCCGCCAGCUCCAGUGGGGGCCAAAGCAGCUCCUUCGGCAGCCCUUUCUACAACUUCAGCAUGGUCAACAGCCUCAUCUACCCCCGGGAGGGUUCUGAAGUGUAG